CAACUAUCCACAACCAUUAACCAGUAACAACCGUCUCUCUCUUCUCUGUAUCUCUCCGGCUGAUCUAAGUCCUAAAAUGGACGUUCGCCGGCGACCUGUUAAGCCGCUCAUCUCGGCAAAAUCCGCCGCCGGCGAACUUCUCAAACCCCACAAAUUCCAAAAUCAUUCUUCUUCCUCUCCAAGAGCCUCCGAUGCACUUCCUCUUCCUCUCUACCUAACUAAUGGAGUGUUCUUCACGUUGUUCUUCUCCGUCAUGUACUUCCUCCUCCAUAGGUGGCGUGAGAAGAUCCGUAACUCCACUCCACUCCAUGUUGUCACUCUCUCUGAGCUCGCUGCCCUGGCCUCGUUGAUCGCGUCGGUUAUCUAUCUUCUUGGGUUUUUUGGAGUUGGGUUUGUUCAGUCCUUCGUUAUCAGGACAUCCAGUGAACAUUGGGACGUAGAGGAUGAGAACAUGGGAGAUUUCAUCCUAGAGGAAGACAGUCGCCGUGGACCAUGCUCCGCCUCAACAACUAUUGGUUGCGCCGUCCCCAUGGUUCCUCUGCCUCCCAAGGUAGCGGUGGAGGAGGUGGAAAAGGUGGCCGCAGCAACUGCACAAUCUUCAGUGGAGGACGAGGAGAUUAUUAAGUCGGUGGUGGCCGGGACAACUACGUCGUACUCCUUGGAAUCCAAGCUCGGAGACUGUAAAAGAGCAGCGGCGAUACGACGGCAAGCGUUACAACGGCUGACCGGGAAAUCCUUGUCCGGGCUUCCACUAGAUGGUUUUGACUACGAGUCAAUACUGGGACAGUGCUGUGAAAUGCCGGUGGGGUACGUGCAAAUUCCGGUGGGGAUUGCCGGGCCGUUGUUGCUCGACGGGAUAGAGUACUCUGUGCCGAUGGCGACGACUGAGGGGUGUCUGGUGGCGAGCACCAAUAGGGGUUGCAAAGCCAUCUAUGUUUCCGGUGGCGCCACCAGUGUUCUAUUGAGGGACGGCAUGACCAGAGCUCCGGUUGUCCGGUUCGGCACUGCUAAGAGGGCCGGCGAGUUGAAACACUUCUUGGAGAAUCCCUUGAAUUUUGAGACUCUCUCCGUCGUUUUCAAUAAAUCAAGCAGAUUUGCAAGACUACAAAAGAUUCAAUGUGCAAUAGCAGGGAAGAACCUGUACAUAAGAUUCAACUGCAGCACUGGCGAUGCAAUGGGGAUGAACAUGGUCUCCAAAGGCGUACAAAAUGUCCUGGAUUUCCUUGAGAGUGAUUUCCCUGACAUGGACGUCAUCGGCAUCUCUGGAAAUUUCUGCUCGGACAAGAAGCCAGCGGCUGUGAACUGGAUAGAAGGCCGUGGCAAGUCUGUUGUGUGCGAGGCCAUUAUCAAAGAAGAGGUGGUGAAGAAGGUCUUGAAGACCAACGUAGCUGCACUGGUUGAACUCAACAUGCUUAAGAACCUCACAGGAUCCGCCAUGGCCGGCGCACUUGGAGGGUUCAAUUCCCAUGCCAGUAACAUUGUCUCCGCCGUGUACAUAGCCACCGGCCAGGACCCAGCUCAGAAUGUGGAGAGCUCUCACUGCAUCACCAUGAUAGAAGCUGUUAAUGAUGGCAAGGACCUUCAUAUCUCUGUCUCCAUGCCUUCCAUUGAGGUGGGUACAGUAGGAGGAGGAACUCAGCUAGCAUCUCAAUCAGCUUGCCUAAACCUACUAGGAGUGAAGGGUGCGAGAAAGGAGUCACCAGGCUCAAAUUCAAGGCUUUUGGCCACCAUUGUAGCUGGAUCUGUUCUUGCUGGCGAGCUAUCUGUGAUGUCUGCUAUAGCAGCAGGACAUCUUGUAAACAGUCACAUGAAGUACAACAGAUCAAGUAAAGAUGUCACCAAGGUACCACCCUCCUAA